AAACAAAACUGAACUAUGGAGUUCAUCAUGAAAGAACCUGUAAGCCCAACUGGACAAUACGUGAGCAGCUCAGCUCUUUCACUUUCAAUUCUUGGUGUUCUUGAAUUUGAAGUUCCCAUUGAUGAUCUGCCGGUUAUGUCAUUGAUCAAGGAUGUGUUUCUCCCCAUCAACCCACGUUUCUCCUCCAUCAUGGUUGAAGACGAAAAUGGAGAGAAACAAUGGAAGAGAGUCGAAGUUGAGCUCCAUAACCACGUAAAAAUACCCAUAUUCCCCUCUGGGCUUUCACUAGAAUUAUAUGAUAAAUGCUUUGAUGAUUAUAUCUCAGGUAUAGGAAUGGAACAGCUUCCAAUAACCCAACCUUUAUGGGAAAUUCAUAUAAUCAAUUACCCGACAACCACUGCAGCAGCUGUUACGAUAUUCAAGCUUCACCAUUCACUUGGCAAUGGCGUCUCUUUGAUGGGAGCUCUUCUUUCAUGUUUACAAAGGGCUGACAAUCCUUCUCUCCCCUUGACAUUUCCUUCAGUUUCCUUGCCCUCCAACAUAAACGAUUACAAUAACAAUAACAAUAACAACAUACUGAAUAGAGUGUAUGAAGUUUUUUCUGUGAUUUAUAAGACAGUAUCAGACUUCAGUUGGAGCAUUAUAAAGAGUACUCUAGUUGAAGAUGAUAAAUCUCCCAUAAGAUCAGGGGACGUUGGAAUUGAGUUUCGGCCAAUGACGAUGGCAACAAUGACUUUCUCUCUUGAUCAAAUCAGACAAAUUAAGACCAAACUUGGAACGACUGUUAAUGAUGUUAUCACGGGAAUAAUCUUCUUGGGAACUCGGUUAUACAUGCAAGAGAUGAGUGAGGAGUCGAGCAAAACACGAUCUACAGCAGUGAUAUUGUUAAACACCAGGGUGUUUAGAGGCUACGAAUCAAUACAAGAUAUGGUUAAACCUAAUGCCAAGACGCCUUGGGGGAAUUACUUUGCCUUUUUGCAUGUUCCCAUACCUCAGUACGUAACAACUGAUGAUGCUACACCUUCAAACCCAUUGGAAUUUGUUUUGAAAGUACAACAGAUCCUUAGUGCCAAGAAAAACUCUUUAGCUGUUUAUCUCACCGCUCAACUUCUCAAAACCUUGAAGAAAUUUAGAGGCCCUGAAGCAGCAGCUAGAUUUAUCCAUGCAACUUCAAAGAACACAAGCAUGGGAAUCUCAAAUCUAAUGGGACCAGUGGAACAAAUAGCUUUGGCUAAUCAUCUGGUGAAAGGCUUGUAUUUCACAGUGGUCGGCACACCUCAGAGUCUUGGCAUAACAAUGGUAAGUUAUAACGGAAAGAUAAGAGUUGCUGUGAAAGCAGAAAAAGACUUUAUUGAUAUCUCAAAGUUUAAAUGUUGUCUAGAGAAUGCAUUUCAGAAGAUAUUCAAAGUUGUUUAUGAAAUUACUUAUGCUUCUCAACACGUUAAAGGAUGACACAAAAAUGUCCCCAUUAGUUGGCUUCCUGAAGGGCUAAAUUAAGCUACUGUUUUAUAUGUCAUUAGCAUAAUAUUUUCGUCAAUUUAUUGUUUCCAAGUGUGUUUAUCUUUUCUACCUAUUCUCUUCUAUUAUGUUCUUGUAAGCUUGUAUUUUAUGAAUUAAUAAUCACAAAUGAAGUAAUGUUUGUUC